UGGGCUUCUCCUUCGUGACCGUGACCUAUCUUCCCCUCUCGGCCAACUUAUCCUGGAGUGUUGCACUGGUUUUGUUUCUCCGCUGCAUUGUUGCUCAAUUCCUUGCUUCACUUUCCAACCCCCCUGCAUUGUCGCCCCUCGAGGUCUCCUUGCCUCGUCGCCAUUGGUGGCCGUGGCCAGGUGGGUGAGGCGGUGACGGAGAAGGACGUGUGCUGGUGCAGCGACCGCGGCAUUCCGUCUUCCAGGGAGGGAAGAGGGUAGGAAAUUUCGAGGGCUGGGACGAAGCAACUGGGUGCAAUGGCGCCCCACUCUGCGGAUACUGCUGGGCUCGUGCCUUCUGACGAAUUGAGGCUACGAACGUCGAAUUCAAAGGGUCCCGAACAAGAGCAAACUUUGAAGAAGUACACCCUUGAAGAUGUCAGCCGCCACAACACCCCAGCAGAUUGUUGGUUGGUGAUAUGGGGCAAAGUCUACGAUGUCACAAGCUGGAUUCCCAAUCAUCCGGGGGGCAGUCUCAUCCACGUAAAAGCAGGGCAGGAUUCCACUCAGCUUUUCGAUUCCUAUCACCCCCUUUAUGUCAGGAAAAUGCUCGCGAAGUACUGUAUUGGGGAAUUAGUACCGUCUGCUGGUGAUGACAAGUUUAAGAAAGCAACUCUGGAGUAUGCAGAUGCCGAAAAUGAAGAUUUCUAUUUGGUUGUGAAGCAACGAGUUGAAUCUUAUUUCAAGAGUAACAAGAUAAACCCCCAAAUUCAUCCACAUAUGAUCCUGAAGUCAUUGUUCAUUCUUGGGGGAUAUUUCGCCAGUUACUAUUUAGCGUUCUUCUGGUCUUCAAGUGUCCUUGUUUCUUUGUUUUUCGCAUUGUGGAUGGGGUUCUUCGCAGCGGAAGUCGGCGUGUCGAUUCAACAUGAUGGAAAUCAUGGUUCAUACACUAAAUGGCGUGGCUUUGGAUAUAUCAUGGGAGCCUCCCUAGAUCUAGUCGGAGCCAGUAGCUUCAUGUGGAGACAGCAACACGUUGUGGGACAUCACUCGUUUACAAAUGUGGACAACUACGAUCCUGAUAUUCGUGUGAAAGAUCCAGAUGUCAGGAGGGUUGCGACCACACAACCAAGACAAUGGUAUCAUGCGUAUCAGCAUAUCUACCUGGCAGUAUUAUAUGGAACUCUAGCUCUUAAGAGUAUUUUUCUAGAUGAUUUCCUUGCGUACUUCACAGGAUCAAUUGGCCCUGUCAAGGUGGCGAAAAUGACCCCCCUGGAGUUCAACAUCUUCUUUCAGGGAAAGCUGCUAUAUGCGUUCUACAUGUUCGUGUUGCCAUCUGUGUACGGUGUUCACUCCGGAGGAACUUUCUUGGCACUAUAUGUGGCUUCUCAGCUCAUUACAGGUUGGAUGUUAGCUUUUCUUUUUCAAGUAGCACAUGUCGUGGAUGAUGUUGCAUUUCCUACACCAGAAGGUGGGAAGGUGAAGGGAGGAUGGGCUGCAAUGCAGGUUGCAACAACUACGGAUUUCAGUCCACGCUCAUGGUUCUGGGGUCAUGUCUCUGGAGGAUUAAACAACCAAAUUGAGCAUCAUCUGUUUCCAGGAGUGUGCCAUGUUCAUUAUCCAGCCAUUCAGCCUAUUGUCGAGAAGACGUGCAAGGAAUUCGAUGUGCCUUAUGUAGCCUACCCAACUUUUUGGACUGCGUUGAGAGCCCACUUUGCGCAUUUGAAAAAGGUUGGAUUGACAGAGUUUCGGCUCGAUGGCUGAACACCCAUCAGGAUAUCAGCAUUACGCGUGCCCUCGCACAGUGGGUGUACAUCAGUUUUUGUUCAGAAGGUAUGAGACUUCUUGCAACGGCUUUUGACAUUCUGUAGUGUCCUGAAAGUUGACCUGGCCUGAGAAGCUGAAGACAAUUUACGUUGUACAACAUUGCUAGAAAUUCUAAUAAUACGUUCACCUUGUCAGAAUCUCAGAAUUUCCAAAGUUUGGUUUUGUCAAGUAGCUCUUACACAGGAUCUUCAACCCUGAAAUCCGAGGCAAUAAGUUAAGAAUUAGCGUAGAGCAUUCACAACUAAUUCUUAAGGUAGUCCCAUAUCUAAAAUUUCAAUGCAAUUAAGCUUGCUACAGGCUAUUGUGAAACCUAUGCCUCUCACUAGUACUUGGUGAAUAUUAUCAGUAUUGGAGGCCUGAGCAUCAAUCAUUUUGUAGGCAAUCUAACUGAUCAAUUUGAAUUAAGUGACUAUUGUUAUUUA